GCGAGCGACCUGUUGUUUUCCAACGACACUUCCUGAUGUGACACCUUCUGCUUCCGGGGUCGGCGGACCUGUCAGUCGUUAGGGACCAAAGCCCGUUCACGGUUGGAGUCAUGUCGGCAGCUGCUCAGGGAACCAGCAAGGCGGCCCACGGCGACGUAGCCCCCAAGAAAAAGAAGGGACCCGGGGCCCUGGCUACGGCCUACCUAGUCAUUUACAAUGUUGUCAUGACGGCUGGGUGGCUGGUCAUAGCGGUGGGUCUGGUUCGAGCUUAUGUGGCCAGAGGGAGUUACCACGGACUCUAUUAUUCCAUAGAAAAACCUCUGAAGUUCUUUCAGACGGGAGCUCUUCUGGAGAUCCUGCACUGUGCUGUUGGAAUUGUUCCGUCCUCUGUGGUCCUGACCGGGUUUCAGGUCCUGUCUCGGGUUUUCCUCACCUGGGCCGUCACCCACAGUGUCAGAGAGGUACAGAGCGAGGACAGCGUCCUGCUGUUUGUCACGGCCUGGACUGUGACGGAGAUCAUCCGCUACUCUUUCUACACCUUCAGCUUGCUCAACCACCUGCCAUACCUCAUCAAAUGGGCACGGUACACCUUCUUCAUCUUGCUUUAUCCUAUGGGAGUGACCGGGGAGCUACUGACCAUCUAUGCAGCGCUGCCAUACGUGCAGAAGACCGGACUGUACUCCGUCACCCUCCCCAACAAGUACAACUUCUCUUUCGACUACUACACCUUCCUCAUCCUCAUCAUGAUCUCCUACAUUCCCCUCUUUCCGCAGCUGUACUUCCACAUGCUACGACAGCGGAAGAAGGUGCUGGGCCGAACAGAGGAUUACAGCAAGGUGGAGUGAGUUCAGCAGUGAUCAGGAGGGUUUUUAAAAAGAAGAAGAAGAAAAAGACCCAGAAGAUCCCAAGAGCAAACCACAUCUGCUUAUUAAAACACAAAAGUAUUUGGUUUUUGAAAACUGCCACGACUGACCCAACAAACAAGCAAACGGUUGACUUAAAAUACACAAGAGGCUGUUUCUUUCCCCUUGUUUCUUGAUCAAAUGGCAAGUAUUUUUGUUAGAAAAAGUUUGAACUGAGCGAUACACUAAUACUGCUGAAUACCUCCCAUUACAUGGCACUAGAGAAAAAAGUAGAACCUUUCUGUAAGUCAUCCCUGUCUUCCUUAAGAAGCAGGUUAGAUUUAAAUGAACAUUUGUUGAAUUAGUUUAUCGUUGAAAGUAGGGAACCUUUAGGUUUUUCCAUCUGUUCUGUGAUGUUCAAGACAAAUUGUACAAACGUAUUUAUACUUUUUUGGGGUUUAAUUUAUUCAAACAUUCCUUCAUUAGAUCAAUAAAGCUUUUUCAUUCCAUACUUUGCUUUUCUGUUUGUAUUCCUCCUGGCUGUUUAUUCGCUUUCUGUUCCUUUUAUUGUUUUUGUUCACCAGUAAAGCUUAAUAACUUUUUUCAUUUUUCUACCUUUUCAUUAUCUAGGUAAUCGAUACUCAUCGCAACCAUCUUAGUUUGCAAAUAUUAAUAUGUAAUUAUUAUAGUUUUAACUUAAUGUAUGUGUUUUUUCAUUUAAAACAUCCACAUUUUCAUUCUUGGGUGAAGCGUAUUGGAUUUUUUCCCCUCUUACAAACAGAAAAAGACAAAACCAAUAGCACAACGUGUUGUAGCAACAGUGUUUUCAGAUGAAAUAAGCUUUGAAAUGUAACAGAACUGCAUUGUAGCCAAAUAUUUGUUGGAUGUUUAACUGUAUAGACUUUUAUUUUGAAAUGGAAUUACCCAACUUGGAUACAUACAAUUUGUCGUCAUACUUUUAUAUUGAUAUAUGAAGGGUGAGGUUUUUUCGAGAUGUGGUGAAACACUGUUAUCGUGAGACAUUUUGGAAAUAUAUUUACAUUAUCCCAAGAAGUAACCAAAGAUAUUUUAGUAUCAACUUUAUGCCUCACGGUUUGUUUUUUCUUGACGCAAAAAGAUCAAAAAGCUGCACGCAAUUCAUGCAAAUUAUAUUUUCGGUAUGUCUAGUGAUGUCUUUAAAAAAAGUUAAAUAUUAGACGCAUCUUUGUCUUGAAUCCAUUCCAAAAUUCUGCAUAAUUUCCAAAAAGAACCAAAAGUAUCUUUUUGUUUGGUUUAUUUUCUUUAGAAAUAGAAUUUUGUUUUCUAAGAUUAAAUGUGGACCAUCACAGAAUAAAAUAUUUUACAGUUUUGAAGACAUUAAAUGACACUUUCUACAUGUUUUGGUUUAAAUAAUUAAUAAAAUAGUCUAUAAUUUGCUACUUUCUCUCGCAUUAACAUCGACUGAAGUGACACCUUUUAUUGUGUAUUUUUAGGAAAUAUUUCCCACAUUGAAAUAUCUGGAUCCUGCUUGUAUGACCUUUAACCUUACACCUUUCUGUUCCAGAUCAGUGAUGGCUGUUUUGUCAAAAUUGCCCCCUUUUUGUUCCUGUUUAACUCUUGAUUGAGAAAGAUUUGAGCUUUUGUGUUGGAAAUGUCCUGCAGGAUCACGGCUUAUUAAAAAAAAUAAAUGCAUGAUUGAAGAGAUGUGGAUCUAAAGAGUGAUGGUGUAUUAUGAUUUUUUAAAAAUGGCAAAAAAUUAACGGAAAAACUGCAGAAGCAUGGAAUAUUACACACAAACUGGUUCUAUUCAUUGAAACUUUGAUAAACAUGUUUAGCAUGGAGCCAGUAAACUUUGUACAGUUAUGACUAUUGAGUAUAUAUUUACAAUAAACCUGUUCUAUUGGACUCAUCU